UCUGGUUGGAUAUCAAUCUGCUAACGUGAUUCGCCUCACCAGAUUCCGCGAUCCUCUAAGGUGCCCCGCUCUCCUCCCCUGCUCAGCCGUCUCUCUGUUGCAAAUCGCCUUGAUUACCUGAGGUGUCUACUCUUUCUGAACGGCUGACACCAUUGAUCAAGCGACGCCUUUCUUAGCGCCCUGCUAUGAUGCUACCAUCUAGCGAAGCCAGGGGAGCACAGCCAGGACGGGCACUGGUUUUAGAAAGGGCGUGGAAUGUCGAGUGAAGCCUCAUCUGCAGUUGGGGGAAUUGGAGACGCUUUUCGUGCUUAUGCCAAGCAGCUCGAUGCGGUGAAUGAGCGCAGAGAGAGACUGGUGAAGGCGAGCAGGGACGUCACAAUUGCAAGCAAGAAAGUGAUCUUUGCAGUGCACCGUCUUCCAGCUGAUGGUGCUGGUGGUGGGGCAGAAGAGGCCGCGUUGGGCCAAGCAGAGAAAGAUCUGCAGCUUAUCAGAAAGACCAGUAUCAAGAGAGUAGCCCAAGAGCUUCAAGAUGAGGACUACUGGAGGUUUAGCCGAGCUUUCUCCCCAGGGAUGCAAGAGUACGUCGAAGCGACGGCUGUCCUGCAUUACGCCAAGACGGGGCGCCUGCUGACGUAUGCGGAAGCCAAUGCGGAGCUAAGUGAAGUCCAGGAUGCGGGGGGCCAAGCGUUCCGGCUUAGCGCCGCUGAUUACCUUCUCGGGAUCACUGAUCUUACUGGAGAAGUGAUGCGGCUGGCCAUCAGCAGCGUGGCCGCAGGCAACAAGGGGGCGGCCGCCAGCAUGGCCGCAUUUGUGGGGGCCGUCUACGAGGGUUUCCACGUUGUACCCAUGGUGGCAGAACUGCGAAGGGACCUGGCAAAGAAGCUCGAGGUCAUGCGCAGCAGCCUCGUCAAAAUCGAGACUGCUAGCUACAUGGUCCACGUACGUGGCUCUGAAUAUCCAGAGCAGUUUCUGGCGGAGAGGCUUGCGGAAGCACCCGAAGAUCGGUUGGACCCUGACAUGUAAUGUACAUUAAAGACGGAAGGCUACAUGUUCAAAUUCCAUUUUUUGUGUCGAUGUUUGAGUCUUUCCCUGCCGAAGGAAGAUUGAUUACCUUUCAAAUGUCACCUAAAUGUCAAGCCAAGCCUGUAGGGUUUUGCUUCGACCCAAUUUUUCGACAGAUCACUGUGGGCAUGCAAACGUUUUGAGUCCAUUCGAGUUGGAGCUAAGGUUCACUGCAACUAGCCUAGUAGCCUAGUAGCCUAGUAGCUGUGUCAAGCACGCAACGUGCGGGCGUCACUAGGUUUGUCGGUGCAAGUGUUGCUGCACUAGACGGUUGAUGUUCUAGGCUGGUGUGUAUCGUGAUGUAGAUCGGAUCAUGUUGCAG